CCGCCCCUUCCUCUCGCGGCGUCUCCUUGGCAACAGGAGGCAGUGGAAGACGGGCUAAGAUGGCGGAAGAUCUAGACCAGCUGUUGGACGAGGUGGAAGACAGGUUUUGUCGCCUGUCGAAACGGGACUGUCCUGACGGGUUCCGGACUCAAGGAGAGAAAAAUAACAACCCGAGUGAGGCGCCAGAGACCGCGAAGGCAGCUUCGUCAGUAAAGAGAGCCUGGUGAGCAACGCGCAUGCGCGUUCCUUCCCACUUAGACCUGCUUCAUAAAGGGACUGCCAAGAGACCAAGGAUGCUUCUGCACUUCUGGUUCCCGAUCUCCAAAAACUCAACAAAACAUGAUAAUGAAGAAGAAGACUUGGACGAAAUAAUAAAUGAUAUAAUCAGUGAAAAUAACUUUGCUAAAAAUCAUGUGAAAUGUAUAUCUAAAUCUUCCAGCCUCACAGCUGAAACAAAUGUCACUUCUAGUCAUGCUCAUGAUAAAAGAUGUUGCCCUGUAUACCUUGGAGGAAGCACUGCACCCUGUGGCAUUGGAACCAAUAUUUCACAGAAAACUUGUGAUCGACUCCGUUGUACUGCAUGUGACUUCCGUGUUUUACACCAUGAUGACUAUCAGUGGGAUACAUCGUGUGAUUAUCUCUUUUUUAGGAAUAACAUGCCUGAAUUCAGCAAGCUGAGAACAAAGAUGGUGAAGAAGAAAGGAACACGGGCCUAUGCUUGCCAGUGCAGCUGGAGAUCUAUAGAUGAACUAACAGACCUGAGUACGGACCGACAGCUCCGCUGGGUUUGUAGCAAACACGCCGAGUGACAUCAUCCUGCCAGUGACAUUUCUGUACAAAGACCAACUUCACCAUUCAUGUAUGACAAAACAGACCCAUGUUCUGUGCAAGGCAUGACUGUUUACAGUGUUGUUAGGAGUCAUUAGGCUCAUUAUCUCCUUCUGCUAAUGUCAGUAAAAAAGAAAAUGAAUUUCUAUGACUGGGGCCCUUUCCGGGUUGCAGGCAGGAUAAAGGAACCCACUCUACCUCCUGCCCCGUUUGCACGCCUCAGCAACUGGAGCCCAUGGAGACAAUGCAGGCUGCUGUUGCGCCUUCACACGGAGGUGCAGGUUUUGCUGCCCACUCACCUCCCACUAAUGCGUGGCAAUGCAGGCAUGCAUGGUUGGGCCUCCACAGCCAUGGUGCCACACCGGACAGCCCUGUGCGACUGCAUGGCCGUGCAAAAUCAGGGCGGGAAAGGAACCCUUAGCAGAACACGCAGCUGCGGAGAGCACCUCCUGCCUGAGCUAUUCACACGCAAGCAGCUGCAACCCAGGCUUUUUGAAAUGCCCUUCGGGUAGCGUGAUUAAGGUAAAACCCAUUUUUUCGGGAAUAACGUGGGUCAGACCUGCAUUAGGGGCGAGAACCGCGCGAAGUUCCCCCCCAAAAUGGGUUUUUCACUGUCGUUAUCCCACGGUUAUUGGCCCAUGUGGAAGGGGCCCUAGAAAGCAUUUCAGAAAUGGUGGAUACAUGAAGUGAAAUCUAGCCAAACUGUUCCUUUGGCUAGAAUACUGUUUUCUUGUUCCAUAGGAAUCUGCUCCUGUAUGUACCUGAAAAACACAAAAUGUUUAGGCAUUUGGUAUAUUCAAAAGAAGGCUCUGCUGACAAUGGAAAAAAUAAUGAAGCCUGUCUCUGGUUCUUUCCUGAAGACAUGUACUGAGGUAAACAAGAUUUCACAGCUGUAUUAGCAGCAGUGAAACAGUAUGGGAUCUUGAAGCUUGCAGUCUGGGCAGGAGCAACGCCAGUCUUGCAAGGACGAAGUAUGGCUCCAAGACUUUAAAUGUUCUAGUUGCAAAUCACAUCCUUAAGCUGCAAUCUUAUGCUCAUGUAUCUAGGAGUAAGCUUCAGUUAACAAGAUGACAUUUACUGCUGAGUAAAUGUAUAUAUCGCAUUGGGCUGCACCCGUGUUGGAUUCUUUUUGCCCAUCUCUUCCUUUAAGAAGUUUUCUUAAAUGAGAUCACGAGGAUUCAAAGCUUUUUUGUUUCUUUUUGGGUUGGGGGGGGAGUUUACAUUAAGCAUAUUUAUUUGUGGAAAUAAAUAACCAGGCACAUGAUUGGAUGGGAGCAGGGAGGCUGUGCCUUCCUUACCCAUCUCUUCUCAGCUUUUAAGCUAACCAGACCAUGAUCAUCCAACAAUCGUAUCAGUGAGUUCAAAAUAAGAAAAUGGGUAUCAUGUUCAAAUUUUCUUUUUACAUCUUUUGAUCAAAAUACUGACAAAAUAAGGUAGUUUUUUCAUCUUGCUCAUACACACACACACACAUACAGUCAUACCUCUUCAGGUUCUAAUUUUAAAAAAUGUGGACUGUGAUGUUAUGGUUGUUGAGGAAUUUAGAUUUAGGGUUUUUUUCCACCUGGAUAUAAUCUUUAUUUAUAUAUAAUAUUUGACACCUCAUUAUUGUUCAGUAUUUUGUUUUUUAGUGGCACUGGGAGCUUAAAAAUGUGAUGUAGUUUCAUUUUUGAUGAAAAAGUACGGCAGGCGAAUCGCAGAGGGGGUUGCUUCCAUGGAUUUCUUCUGCUAACAGCAACACUUGCCUUCCAAAGUGCUACCAUUAGUAGAAUGGUCAAUAUGACUGAAUCAACAGCAAACUAGGAAAACUGACCAUUAAUAAUGACCUGAAAGGAAGUUCCAUUGACUUAAUUUGCUUUUCAUGUCAUCGGUUUAGAAUCAGAGCGUAAGUAGUCUGCAAUAAGCAUAUUUCAAACAUACUUCAAAUUUAAAUCUAAGAGUUGCAUAGAAUUGAAGUGUUCGCUGUCUCUGUAAUACUACAAUUAUUAAAAGCUAUAUUCUUGCA